AUGACUGGUCAAAUAUCAUUUACAGAAAAUUUCGAUGGUGGUGGCAACUAUUAUGUCAUAUUUAAACAAUAUCUAUUUCUUAUCGAUACUUUUUGUCCAUUUUUAUGUUAUUUUAGUUGGUCAACAACAGAUCAUGCUGCUAUUCAAUUGGAUAUAGCUGAUGAAGUUGACGAAAAAACAGGAAGAAUUACAGGAAAAACUAGUGCAUAUAUUUUAACUGUUUCAGUUCGAAUGAUGGCUGUAGCUGAUGAUUCAAUUGUACGAUUAGCUGCAAGAGAUGAAUUUAUUAAUAAAGGAUAUUUUCUUAAAGAUACCAAAUAA